AGACCUAAAAUAAAUUGUGCGCCUAAUUAACAAUAUAAUUAUUAAUAAUUUCAAAUUAAAUGCUGAAAUGUGCCACAAAUACAAACACACACAUUUGAAAUAUAUCUAAAGACAGCGGCAUACCGAAAAUAAAUCGCAUUUGAUUGAUUGAUGGAAAAAGCCUUCAGUGAUAAGCGGCCCCAACAACAUAAACAAAUAAACUAUAAAAUUUGCCCAAAAAACGGUCUGGGAAUAAGAAUCGCCAGCGCAGCACCCCGAUCCGCUUGGAGCAGCAGCUGACCAAGAAGGAGCGCACCACAAAGUUGCCGCUCGUUGGCGCUUUGGUGCACAAGGCGCUGCAAGUACGCAACUGUGACACCAACUCAACAACAACAACAACCACAACAACACAAACAUCACUGCAAUUUAAGGCAGACAACAACAACAAGAUCUCCAGCAUGGUUUUGCCUUUUGGCCUGGGGCCCGAUGGCCACAAUGUGGAUGCAAUACAGAGUGCACCGGCGCCGAGUGCACCACCAGCUCACAUGGUGGCGCCUCCGCUUUAUGCACGUGGCCAGACAAAUAUCUACACAGGCGUGCCCAUCAUUGUGAAUCCCUAUAUAGACUUCAUUGUGGUCAAUGGCGACGAUCGCUACAUGAUUCGAUGCGAGCGCAAAUCGGUGCUGGAGCGCAGUGUGGAGCUGGCCAAGUUAAUACACGCUGGCCCAAACAGCGGACGCAAGAGCGACAACCAUUUCCAGAUACUCAAUGUGGAUAAGAACGAUUUCGAGCUGAUCGUGCGAUAUAUGGAAAAGCAUUUCAUCCGCUAUCGCGAUCACAAGCAUCUGCUCAAGAUACUCGAGCUCUCGGAUCGCUUCAAUGUGCCCGAUUUGAUCAUUUACUGCAUUCGUGAACUUGAUCUCAGCAUUUCGAGUGCCACCGCACUGGACAUCUACAAGGCGCUGUGGUUCUAUCAGGGAAUCGCGCUGACAAACCAACACCAGACGGUGAUCACCACCCAAGAGACUGCCCAACAGCAGGCCAGGAAGCAGGCGUCCAAGGCGAAAGCGGCGGCCAAGCAACUGGCUGCCGCUCAAGCUCAGGCACAGGAUGGCGGCGAUGGCGACGGAGCUCAGGUUAAUCUCAUACCCAAUCCGAAUCCCUUCACGACCGAGGACUACGGCGUGGCGCUACUGCACAAUACACUCCAGCUAAUCGAUAUGCAUGCCGAGCUGCUGCUCUCCAUGCCUGCCAUCUGUGACCUCCGCUUCGAGGAGCUGGAAACGCUGGCCAAGCGCGACACGCUGCAACUGCGCUCCGAGCUGACGUUGUUCGAGUGCCUGGCCAGCUGGAGUCUGGCGGAGUGUGGACGCAAGAAUCUCGAUGCCACGCCCGAAAAUCGUCGCACCGUUCUCGGUCCACUUUGCCUCACGCCGCGCUAUCUCCGAAUGACCCCCAACGAGUUUCGACGCUGCUGUGAUCGCAUCGAACUGCUGCCGCCACUGGAGAUUUCGCUAAUCAGCGAUGCGCUUGAGGGUGAGUAAAGUUUACUAAUCAAAA